GUGUUAUCUAGAACUACGGAUGCCACUAGGAGCCCGUCAGCCACAAAAAGGCCGCCCAACCGAACGAAAAUUCCAUUCCUUGACUGAGAGACCGGAAUAAACGACUACAACGAUGUACGUUGCUCCACUGCUCGUGGCCCUCUGUCUCGUGGUUGGUACCCGAGCCUCCACUCCCGCCCAUUCGAACGCAUACGUGGACCGCGUGCUUGCCCAAACCUUUCCAGCUACCGCGGGCGCGGUUCAGGGUGAACUCGCCGGUACCAGAUUCCAAGUUGGGAGUGGUGGCCUAAUAACUGGACUGCUGACCAACCCUCUGGCUGUGACUCUCAAAAAGGGCGUCGUCACAGGACUUCAGCCACCGUACGGCCUCCGGAGGACGGGCGACUGCUCCCCUCCAACGCUCAUAAAUGGCAACAUUACCAUUGGUUGCUACGUCACCUUGGAUGCCUUGAAAGUGAGAUUCGAGGGUUCUUACUCAAGCGGGACCAUCCUGGCCUCAGUAGCGAGUUUCAUUGUAGACGGCAGUCUCAGCAACUCAAAGGCGUACCUGGAGGUCACGGCACGGCCAGGGAAUAUGCCAACGCUGAAGACGUGGAAGGUUUUGCCGACGAACGUCGUUCUGACCUUCUCCAGAAGGCCCGAUCUGAGCACACAACGCUUUCAGGAAUUCUACAACGGAAUUUCAACACACGUUCAGCGAGUCUUUAACACAUGGUUAUACGGACCCCUCGUGCAAGCUCUUGCCUACUCUGUUAGGGUGAACCCCCUGACGGUUUAAAGCUUCCCAAAUAAAGGCAGAUUAAAAACUGA